AUGCCUUCAGAAUAUAGCCUACCCAAAGCAUGUGCUGCCGAAAAACCAGGAGGCCGUAACAUGACGAGCCCCUCUUUCCGUGUAUCGGCUGCCUUCUUAAUUCUUCGUAUAAUCUCUCCUGCAUCUUUUUUCUCGUUGGAAGUCACGCGACCACCGUAUCAUGUGCUGUCGUUUCUUAUUGAAUGUCAGGAAGGCGAGUCUUGCUCGGAGAGAACUCUCAGAAAGUCUGCUAUAAUGCGCACUGUACCUCUCAGUGCCACUCUUUUCGCUGUGUUGCUCUGCUGCGCUGUGGCAGCACCUCAGUCUCGAGAUAAUGGAUCAGAGAAGAGUACAGUGACUAAGUCCCGCUUGCAAAAGAUCACGAGCAUGUACGCUUUCGAGGGUUUUGUUUAUGCUCUAGACAAUUGCCCAUCUUGGUUUGAACUAGUUCAAGACUUUGGUCAAAUGCGAGCUAAGGGUGCACGAAAUGUUAUUACAUUUGACUAUUGUGGUGACGGAGCGGACGCGUCUUAUUACGGAGAGGUUAUCCAGGCCGCUGGUUUUGUUGGGCUAAACAUCAUCCCGCUAGCUUGGACACUACUUAUAGGCAAUCAAACUCUGGCUGAUACAGCCAUACCAAAGAUAAAUGCUGUUACGAAAGCGGUUAUAGAGAACCCGGAACCUGUCCUCGCCGUGGCACUUGGUGAUGAGCCUUUAUUCGACAACGAUUUCGGCUCUGCGGACAAUCUAGCAAAAUUCAUCCGCCAAAUGAAGACGGACUUCGCCUCCGCUGGCUUGUCGGAUAUCCCAGUUUCAACUUCCGAACUCGCAUUUGGAUGGCAGAGCUCGGGAAACAUUACUGAGAUGGUAGACGCUGUUGACUUUUUCAUGAUCAAUAACUUCCCGUACUUCGCAUUCGACGCGACAACCGGUGGAAGCAAUAUUUCUUGGGCGGAUUUCUUGAAUGAUAUGAAUUAUUAUGCUAGUAUUGCUCAGGGGAAGCCUUUACUCGUUACACAGACCGGAUGGCCGAGCAACGAAGAUGAAUUUGCUCCUAAUAGUCCAGAUGUCGUCGCAUCCGUGCCUUCCGAGGAAGCGUAUUGGGAUCUGCUUGAUAGCCACUGCGAAGAUUUCUUCAAAGCGAAGAACAUAGGUUGGAUGUGGCGCAGUUGGGACGACACAAUCGAGGGCUGGGGAGUCAAGAAUCCUAACGGAACGAACAAAUGGAACUUUAAGGCGCGCAGGACUUGUUGA